ACGUCGUUUUGCGUGAGAAGAAGAGAGAGAUAAAUAAAUUUGUAACGGGAUUUAGGUCAUCGCCGCAUCGAUUUUUCUCCGGUUUUGCAGGUUUUGUGAAAUCGUGAGACCUGAUUUUGAGGAAGAGAUGGCAUUGGAUUACCAACCUAACGAAAGUUUCAUAGUCAAUAACUUCGAGCAGCUAGAAGAGACUGAAGUGUCCCAUUCUGACGAUGAGAUUUGGAUUUUCCAAUUCCCUAUAUCCCGAGGAUCUGCUUCAUCGCAGUUUCCAGAAAUAGGUGGUGACGAUAUCAAGAUUGAUGAUUUUGACAAAGAUGGAUCAAUUGGAGGAUUUGUGGAUUCAUCUGGUACCAAGUUUGACCUUGUUAGCUAUGCUCCUCAAGAUACUGAAUCUACUGUGAUUUUACCUUCUGAAGAAUCCGUGAUUGGUGGGAGUAUUUCUCGGCGAGUUGCGUUAGUUCGUUACCCUGAACCAACCGAGCUGCUUCAGACUAUAAAGGCCAGAAGCCAGCAGAAGCUUGUUGGAGCAGUGACGAGUUCCUCUGGGAAAUACUCUAACCCAAGUCAAAGUAGCCGCCAUAAAAGUGGACAGUCGGUUCGACACUCAGCUUCCUCACGUAGCAGCAAACAGAAGAGCCUGUUCUCCAGCUUCACGGAUGCUCCAAAGUCACCAAAAAGAAAACAUUCAGAGUCUGCCUCAGGUAAACAUGGGAACUCAACAAGUACGGUUUCAGGCUCUUCAGAACGAUCGGGAAAGUCCAAGAAGAAGAAGAAGGUGAAGAUGGAAGAGUAGUAAUUGUUCUUUAAAACAAGUGUUCUUGAUGGUUAAGAUGUUGAAUUUCGAAUAUGCAAACGAUAAACAUCCAGUAUUGUGUUCAAAUUUAUAAGUAAUCUCGCCUUACAUGAUUA